AUGGAGCCUGCCUCAUCCAUCCUUGCGGCUCAUUUCGCCCCUCUGGCACCGCAAGGGCAGAAAGGACAUCGGCUCCCGCGGGAGACAUUCUCACAGCUUCGCCAAGAACUUCUAGGGGAAAUAAAGAGUCAAAUGCGCGUCGAUGAAGGCAUCACAGACAUUAAUAAACUCAUCUGCAUUGUACUCAAAGCCGGCUUAGAAGUGGAUCUAACUAGUACCGAACCGACAGAGGAUCUGCUGGGCCAGAUUGUCGACUGUCUGGAUAUAAUCCAAGCAAGCAUCGAGAAAGCUCCCCAGGCAUUAUGGGACAAUUCAGACCCACUGAUCUUGGGCGAGGACGUCCAAGCGCCAUUAUUUGCCUGGUUGAUCCUACGAUUGAUCAGAUUGGCUGGCGCUUGGUCCUCCGAGUUCAUUCACCAUAGAACACAUCUGAUAUUCAGCAGUAUGGCCAGGCUACAAUCCAAACAGGCUCGCUCAUCACAAUUAUGCUACGGCGUUCCGGCCUUUCUUCGUGCUUGUACAUCAGAUAUUUUGUGCACCCUGGAAACAUCGCUGAAUGGCAAAUUGUCAGGUCCUCUUUCCACAAACUUGUUCAUACCCGCGACAAACGGGUCACUUGGUGUAGAUCUCGAUAACCUGGCUCUUCCCCGCGGUCUCAUGCGGCAAAGAAUAGACCUCGGGUCUUUUUCCCAAGCAAUCAUCCUUGUGUCUCUGUUAUUAGAUUCAUUUAGUCCUCAAGCCGCAAUAGAGGGUCUUCCGAAUCGACGAAGCUUCAAUCUCCGUCAGAAUCUUCCGUGGAUCUCGAAUGGGUACAACCGUCUUCGUAAAGUGGUGGCUAAGUGGGUGCAGAGAGCUGGGCCUACACUUACUCCAGAGGAAGAACAGGACACUUUAGAAUUCAUGGCAUAUGCACAUCGAUUCUGUGUGUCUGAUACAUCAGGAUCAGCCUUGCGUUCGGACGUAUGCCUGGCCUCGACCUGGGCUCAAUGCCUAAGCGACAUGAUCUCGCCCAGUAUUUCCUAUCCACUGCCUGUCCUUCAGACGGGACUGAUUCAUUUCUUGGAGGAAGCAUUACAAGCGGUGAUUGAUUCGGAGGAUUUCGCGCAGCAACUGAGAGAAUCAUUUCUGUCUGCUCUUGUGGAAAUCAAGGACAAGGACGGUAAUUUUAUGCCCAUGGAGCCAGGCCUUUUGAUCUCUAUCCAGUCUCUUGAGACGGUACUGCUUGAUGUUUCAGGGCUCGCAGGGAGUCGCCCUAGGGGUUUGCCUGCUCCUCCACCGACCGAGCUUUUGGCUGAUCUUAAGAAACCUGGGAUUUCUUCAUAUGAAAUGGAAAUGGAUGAUGAUCCGCGAGCCCCAAAGCGGAUGUGUUUGACCGUUGAAUCCUCAAAUCAAGGCUUACUACAUCUGCUUACAGAGAAACUGUCGACGCUGUUAAAUUUUGAUAAUGCUGGGGGACUGGCAGGCCUGCGCACUGCAUUAACAAACUCGUAUGAUGAGCUUUCUGACCCUCAAAGAUCAGACGUACUGGUUAUGAUCGGUCAAAUGUCUUGCGCCAUCACAGGACACCUUGAGAGAAAGCUCUCAGAUGUUGUAGGGCGGGAGACAGUCUUCUGUCAAACGUGUGAUUUUGAAGAACCCAAACCUGGUACUGGCACCGAGAAAGACAAAGCUGAAUUCGAGGAACUGUGGACAAUAUUCAAUUCCAUUCUACCAAAGCUUACGCGCACACCUGGUCCACGCAUAGCUGCUAUGGUAGCUCUAAGAAGGAUUCUGAUGCAUUCCCCUUGUCUGGAUCAGAUGCACCUAUCAUCGUCUGCAUCUGGUGAAUUCUGUCUCCACGCUUUUCGAAGUUCUAUCCGAGAACUUCGCGUGGCGACCAGCCACUCGGUCGUAGCAUUCGUGCACCCCAGUCUGCAGUCAGAUGUCCGUCGAGCAAAUUUUGUCGUCAUACUUGAAUGGCUAAAGAAUAUUUCUGAGAAGAACGAUGUUCCUUUACAGGAAGCAUGUGUCUUGACACUUUGCUGCCUUGCCAAGUUUUCGGACGAGGAAGAGAAAAACAUCAUUCUUUUGCGCCUUGUGGAGUAUCUUGGACACCCAAACCCAUACAUAUGUGCAGUGGCAUACGACGAAUUGUCCAAACUUGCUUUCCAAUUUUCUUUGACACCUGCUGGCUUAUUCCGACCGUACUGGAGAACACUGUCAGUGGCAGUUGUCAAGAACUUGCAAACUCGCCCAUACAUGGCCGAACAGCUCUGCGAACUGCUUGGCAUGAAAGUUGACAGCUUUUUGCGAUUAACAGAGGUUCAUGUUCUACCUUACUUGGUUCUGACAAGAAAAAGAGACAUCAUUUGCAGAAUCGGGGCCAGUCGCGAUGAACCGGAAUCUCCUUUCGACGUAUGUUCCGAGAAGAACAAUCUUGCGGCAAUUCUCGCUUUUCUGCUAGCCCAAGAAUCUAGCAACCCAGAAGUCAUGAUCAUGUCCCUGCUGGCAGAAAUAGACCCUGCUUUCAAAGGACGGACUCUGGCGGAGUUGGUCCGUAUCGAGCCAAUUCUGAUCGCUUGUGAUUUACUAAAAAGCCUCGGAGAUGCCGGAGAGCAAAAUAAGGAAAGAUUUCACCAAGCACUUCGUCGCCUAGCCACUUUCGUUCCAAGGAAGUCUGCUUCACAUGGAGGUUCCUCCAAAAAGGCGGAAAUGUUGAGCCACUUCAUCGAAGAGCAUGUCCUCGGAAUUAUCACACAGUUUUCAAACGCAAUCAAUGACUUUCAAGUCCGUCAAACACUAGCGGAGAAGAGACGGAACCUCAAAGCAAUCGAGGAAAUGAUCAGCAUUGCCCAGGGCCAUGUCAGUAAUGCAUUGCCUCAGGUCUGUGCUUGCCUCCGCUCCGCCCUGGACAUGGAGGAAUUAUGCGGUCAAGCGUUCUCGGCUUGGACAACCUUGAUCAGCUCUCUCAGUGCAGAAGACAUCGAACCUCUCAUUGACCAGACAUUCGCAAUUGUAAUUAGAUAUUGGGAGAGAUUGACUGAUCGAAGCAGAAAACAUGCACAUCAGUUAAUCGACCAUAUAUUGACCAAUCAUCCAAACCUUGUGCGAGAUAUCUUCAAUACGAUGCCGUCUCUAGCCUCUAUUCCCGAGAUGGCCACUUUCGAGGCUCAAAUCAACGAAUUGCGGGCGGAUAUGGACGUCCGAAGUCGGUUCCUCGCCUUAAUCCGUCGCUGCCAGAGUGAGAAUGGGACUGUUGUUGAGCAAGCCUUGACAGAGUUAUUUCCCUUCCUGUCCAAAAAUGAGGAGUUUUUGCACGUCUCUGCUCUCAGUGAACAACCGGAUCCCGUGAUUGCACAGCUCACAAGAGCAUUAUUGGACUGUUGUGUUAAGUUCAAUACUAGUUCAGACAGUAUUACAUUGCUGUCUGCACGAUGUUUAGGGCUUGUUGGCUGCUUGGACCCAAAUCGAGUAGAGACAAUCAAGGAGAAGAAAGAUAUCCUUGUUCUCUCGAAUUUCGAUCGAACGGAGGAGAUUGUGGAAUUUGUCCUUUUCUUUCUUCAGCAUGUUCUUGUCGAUGCUUUCUUGUCGGCCUCUAAUACCAGGGCCCAGGGGUUCUUGGCAUAUGCAAUGCAGGGCCUUCUCAGAAUCUCCAACCUGCAAUCGGUUGUUACUCAGCGCUCGUACAACGUACAGGGCGAUGAGAACUAUCAGCGGUGGAUGGAGCUCCCUGAAGGAAUCCGGAAUACGUUGACGCCAUUUCUUACGUCGACAUACACGGUUACCAUCGUUGCGAAGAAUCCCGAGAUUAAGUAUCCUCUGUUUUCCCCGGACAUGACCCAUAGCGAGUGGCUUCGAACCUUGGUGCAGGACUUGCUCUCAAUCGACAAGGACGACAACGCAAAGCUCGUUUUUGCCUUCUGCAGUCGUGUGGUGAAAGGCCAGGACAUUUCCAUCUCUUCCUUCCUCCUGCCGUUCGCGGUGCUGUAUCGCAUUGUUAGUGGCACAACGCAAGAACAGCAAGACAUUCAGCUCGAAUUAAUAAAGGUUCUUUCGCAUCCCCUUCCGGAUACAAACAAUAAUGCCCGUGACACAAUCAUAUGCUGCAGUCAGAGCGUUUUUGAUGUCCUGGACUACUUGUCGCGAUGGCUUCAGGGCAAGAAAAAGCAACUUAACAGCAUAGGCUACCAACCUAACCAGUCGAGCCGUUCUCGAGAUCCCAGUCGAGAAUUACUUUUCGACAAAUUCUCAGCUCAGAUCAAGUCUGUCGAGGCCGUUUUGGCUGCAAUUCCACCCGAGAUAAUCUCCAAGCGUGCCGUGGAAUGUAAAUCGUUCUCUCGGGCUUUGUUUCAUUGGGAGCAGUACAUCCGGCGAUGUAACUCGCAAUCGGAUUCCACGGAAGGCUCGGACCAUGAGCUGCUUUACCAAAGGCUACAAGACAUUUACAGUCAGAUUGAUGAGCCAGACGGAAUAGAAGGUAUAUCCAGUCAUUUGUCAGGAUUUAACGUUGACCAGCAGGUUUUGGAACACCGAAAGGCGGGCAGGUGGGCCACCGCGCAGAGUUGGUAUGAGCUUCAGCUCGAAAAGGAACCUGACAACCUUGAAGCUCAGUGGAAUCUUAUCACUUGCCUCAAGGAAUCGGGUCAACAAGAUGCCAUUCUCACUCGCUUCGAAGCGCUCAAAGAUGAAGUUGCUGCAACCUCACGAUUCCUACCAUUCGCAGUAGAAGCAUCCUGGAUGACAGGUAGAUGGUCUAAGCUCAAGGGCUACCUGGAAUUAUGUGCUGAGCAAGGAACUGGUGAUUUUAACGUUGGGAUUGGUUCGGCUCUCUGCACUCUUCAAGAACGGCAUGAAAACAAUGAUGCUUUGCUGGCGGAGAAGUCAGAGACCUUUACCAAAACCAUUAAUCAGCUUAGGCUCAAUGUUGCAAGAUCCUUGACGGCGAAUUCCGUCACUUCAUUACAAUCAUGCCAUGACGAUAUGCUCCGAUUGCAUGCCUUGGCAGAUGUAGAAGCGAUAGCCAACGCAAGAACUGAAAAGCCCUCGUACCCAGACUUGUCUGCCGCUCUUAAACGACGGUUGGAUGUCUUGGGAGGAUACAUUGCCGAAAAACAGUACUUGCUGGGUAUCAGACGAGCGGCCAUGGAGCUAGCGGGCGGCUUCGUAGAUUCUGAUAUCUCUGCUGCUUGGCUUACAAGUGCCCACCUCUCGCGCAAGGGCAAAUUCACCAGUCAGGCAUAUCAUUCAAUGCUCAAUGCAGCUAGGCUUAAAGAUCGGUCAGCCACCAUUGAACAUGCAAAACUACUCUGGCAAGAUGGACACCAUCGAAAGGCGAUCCAGACUCUGGAAGGGGCCAUUUCCAUGAACGAGACCACUCCAGCAGCAUCUAAUCCAGUUGAGUCCGAGGCAGCCUCUUUUGUCUCCAGUCGUGGACAGAAGCAAAAUGAUGUUCCUGCCAGGGCUCAUCUUAUGCUGGCAAAGUGGACAGAUAGAGCGGGUCAGACUCACUCACAGGCUAUUGUUCAACGAUAUCGAGAAGCCAUUAAGCUGUAUCCACGAUGGGAGAAAGCCCAUUACUACCUUGGGAAGCACUACAACAAGAUUCUUGAUUCUGAAAAGGCGAAGCCCAUGGGUAAAGAGGCUCAAAUAUACUUGAGUGGAGAGGCUACCAAAUUGGUCAUUGACAACUACCUUCGUUCUCUUACCUAUGGCAGUAAAUACGUUUUCCAGACCCUACCAAAGCUUCUCACUCUUUGGCUGGAGCAUGCUUCCAUCGUUGGUCAGCCCAUUGACCCCAAAAGGGGAGAUAAUGAGGAGUUCCAGCGACACACAAAAGCACAACGACAGAAAAGCCUCGACGAGAUGCAUGCUCAAUUGAAGAAAUACAUCUCAUCUCGUCUUCAGCCUGCUUUGUUGUUUACAAUUCUGCCCCAGGUGGUGGCCCGUAUCUGCCAUCCCAACAACACAGUCUAUGAUCUUUUGACUAGAAUUGUGACCAAGGCCGUCCACUACUUUCCCCAGCAAGGUCUAUGGACAGUCCUCGCCGUGGUCAAAUCUUCGAAUAAAGAUCGAGCAUCGAAGGGUUACAACUGUCUUCAAAAGAUCACGGAGUUCACCACGAAGCACAAGGUGGAUAUUUCAUCUCCAGACAUUCGUCGCAUGAUAAACUCAGGUCAGAAGUUCUCGGAGGCGUUGCUACAGCUAUGCCUCGCACCUGUCGAAGAUAGAGCCACCAAGGUCUCACUUGGGCGCAGCCUUGGGUUUCCCCAUAAGGUUGCGCCAUGUCGGCUUGUCGUGCCAUUCCAGGCCAUGUUGAUUCCCAGUCUCCCAGCAUCCCAUGAUGCGGAGUAUCUGAAAGGGUUCAGAGCCUUCCCCCGGGAUCCGACGACAAUUGAAGCUGUUCUGGACGAAGCCACAAUCUUGAAUUCGCUUCAAAAGCCCCGCAAGAUCAGUAUCCGAGGUUCCGACGGGAAGAUCUAUAAUGCUCUUUGCAAACCCAAAGAUGAUCUUCGAAAGGAUCAACGUCUCAUGGAGUUCAAUAACAUGAUCAAUAGGUUCUUGAAACGGGACGUUGAGGCCAGUAAACGAAGGAUGUACAUCAAAACUUACGCAGUUACUCCAUUGAAUGAGGAAUGUGGUCUCAUCGAGUGGGUGGACAAUCUGCGCACACUAAGAGACAUUGUGGUCAAACUUCUCCGCGAGCGAGGAGUCUCACCAAAUUACGGCGAAAUCAAGCAAAUUCUCAACGAGAUCUGUGCAGACCGGUCACGUUCCAAAGUCAAUUUGUUUACGACGAAGAUUCUGGCCAAGUCCGACCCUCCUUCGCUUCCUCCUGUUCUCCAUGAGUGGUUUAUCGAGAUGUUCCCGGAGACCGAAGCCUGGUUCUCGGCAAGAUUGCGAUACACAAGAUCUGCGGCGGUCAUGUCUAUGGUUGGUUACGUUCUAGGCCUUGGCGAUCGACAUGGAGAGAAUUUGUCAUUUGAAGAAGGUACAGGAGGAAUUCUGCAUGUGGAUUUCAAUUGUCUAUUCGACAAGGGACAAACCUUUGAGAAACCUGAAGUGGUCCCAUUCAGAUUGACGAACAAUAUGAUUGAUGCAUUUGGUGCUUAUGGAUAUAACGGACCCUUCCGGCGCACCUGUGAGAUCACUCUCAGUCUCCUCAGACAAAAUGAGGAUUCAUUAAUGACUAUCCUGGAAACCUUCCUCCAUGACCCAACCACCGACUUCAUUGGAAAAAGACGCCGUAAUCACGCGAACGUUCCUGAUACUCCUGCCGGUGUCUUAGAGGAUGUUCGCAACAAGCUCCGGGGUUUCAUGUCUAAGCAGCCCAUCGCCUUGUCUGUGGACGGACAAGUGGAUGAACUGAUCAUGCAGGCAACCGAUAAGAAGAAUCUGGCGGCCAUGUACAUCGGAUGUGCCAUGGAAAACGAAACGUUGACACGACAGGGCGAUAUUUCUCCCAACACGACAGGCGUCAACGGCAUAGGAAAGGUGGUGGGUGGUGAAUUUGGCGAUGUCAAGGAUUUCGGGGCGUUCAUAUCGAGGCCUGAAGUUAGUCAAUAA